UAUGCACUUUGAAGAACUGGAGAAGUACCCCCUGUACUUUCCCUGCAAAAUGCUCUCAUUUCAUUGGCAAGGUUGGCAAGCCAAUGGCAGCAUCCUUCCCAUGGCAGCUUUACAAGCAUCAACCAUGUCAGAACAAUCCAGAAUGUGACUACUGGAAUAGACCUGUCAGUCCCGAAGUACCAGGAGAUCCAUGGGAAACUGAUGUCUGGCCAUGUGGAGUAUCAGAUUGUUGUCGUCACACAUCUGGCCUCCUUCAAGAGCGCAAAGCACAAGGCUAAAGAUGUUGUUCAGUUUGUGGUAUCCAAGAAGUACAGUGACAUUGAUGAAUUGUGGCAGAAGUUGAGCACCCAAUACCCAAAGGCAAAAAUACCUUCCAUGCCGAGGAAAGUUUUAUUUGUAGCAGAAACUGAUAUAAAGGAAAGAAGAGUUAUUUUUGAUGAAAUCUUCAGAAGUAUUGCCAAGGACACAGCAUUAGCAUCGAGUCCUGAAUUAUUGGAGUUUUUAGGAGGGAAAACUAAAGAGCUUGGUGAUUUGAAAUUCAAAACUGGAAGUGCUGCUGAUUAUUUGCAAGAUGAUGACGGUGACUCAGGAGAUUUCUUCGGUCAAGAAACUUCUAAAGGCACAGAGAUAUUGAAAGCAACAAAAAACAUUCUGCCAAGUACAGAGAAAUCUGAAGAAAUAACUGAUCCUCUGGGUGUUACUAGCUAUAAAGUGAAGAAGACAGAGUCUUCUCAGCAGAAGAUAAAACAUAAGUUUACUCUCUUUGAGGAAGUGGAUGCUGAUGCUGGGCUUUUUGAACCAGUUAAAGGUUCGACCACAACGGCCAUAAAGAAAUCCUCUUUCAAAGAAGCUGAUUUCAGGUUGUUUGAGGACCCAGACUUGGGCGGAACUGUCCAAACCAAUGAUCCUUUAUUACUUCCAUCUACCCGUGAGCUUAAAAGCAGUACCAUAAAUGUAAACCUUGAUGAGGACACCGAAGAAUUGUUGAGAGUUGAAGAUGACUUGGAUAAAUUACUGAAGUUGAGUGCCAGUAAUAAAACAAAACCAGCUGUGCCAGCCAAACCAGCUGUGCCAGCCAAACCAGCUGUGCCAGCCAAGCCAGUUGUGCCCAAGAAGCCUGCCUUCCCCUCUGAAAUGAGGAGGAGCAGUCCUGCAGCAGGAUCCAGUUCCCCUAAAAGCACAGUGGCUGCCAUGAAUGAACUGGAUAUUCUGAAAUACAUUCAGGAGAAUGAGACAUCGAGUACUGACACAGUAGAUCUGUUUUGAACAAAAUCUCUUUCAAUAAUGUACCGAUUGCAUUAUGGAGUAACCUUGGUAAUCUGCAUGAACUUAAAAUAUAUAAUAAAAGUACUUUCAAUGAUGGUUUAUUGCAUUUGUGGACACAAAUGAAAGACAUUUAAGUGAAAAUUGUGAUUUUUUAAAAUAUUUCUCUUUGAGCAAAUACCCUUUUUAAAUUCUAAAGCCUCCAAAUCAAAAGAACAAAAGAGGAUAUUUUGAUUCCUUCACAUGGUGAGUAAGCUAACCAGCAAAAUGUGUCAGAAAGUCACAAUUAAUAUAUUUGGUUUUUUUUCAGUCCACAGACAUGGUUGGUGAGUACUGGAAAAAUGUAACACUUUUUAAAUAGUCCGUAGAUGUACUUGGGAUACAGAAAAGGGCAGAACUGGAUUGUAAAUCAAAAGGAAAAAAAUUGUGUGGCAUGUGUAGGGAAUCUCAGGAGUGGAAUAUUUCAUGUAUCAAGUUCAUCCAAUGCUAUAUCAUUAUUGCAAGUAGGAAUUUCCAAGUGCCAUGCGACCUUGGAAAUAAACCCCUUUGCACUAGUUCAGAUAGGAUGAUUAUACCAGGGCAUUUUUACAGUUAACUGCCUUGCUUUCUUACAGGUCAUUGGCACUGACAUAGAAAUGCCAGUUCCUGUAUUAUUAAAUUAAUGCCAUAUACCCCAAAAACAUGUGCAUAUAAGUACUGAACUAAAUCAAAUUCUGGAGCAUCCGUUAAAAGAGAAACACUGUUAGUGAUUUAGAUUGUAAACCCUUCAUCAGUUCUGAAGACUUUUCAACCUGAAGUGCACGUCCUGGUUUUUUUCCAGAUUUCCAGCUACUGCAAUCUUUUGAUUUUCAUUAAUUAGAGAUUUGUUUUCAUUUGGUUAUUGGAUGCAGUUGCAUAAAUGUGCUUUUUUUGAAUCAGUGCUUUUGUAUUAUUUCCACAAACCAGUUUCUUAAAGUUUGACCACAAAUCAAAUUCUGCAUAUGAACUGUACUAGGUAUUCUUCCUGCAUGGAUAUCAAGGUUGGAGGCACUUGUGCUUAAAGCAGUAUUUUAGUAGGCCUCCACUAUUUUCUAUGCUGCUUGGUAUCAGCUUCAACUCAGAAUAUGAAUCUGAGUAAUAUUUAUAACAUUGAAAAUCCCAAUCUUGGAUGAGUUGUGAUUUGUGCUCAAGACCAGAAUGGUAGCAGCAUGCAAACCUCUACAUGUGUUUGUUUGCAAGAGCCUAUAGCUGAGAGAUUUGCCUGAACUUGGACCUCCAGCCAUUCUCUUGCAUAGUGAAGCUGUGAAGUAAAAAUACAGUCAAUAAGACAAACAAGAUAAAAUUUACAAUUAUCUUUUUGCCUCCAUCCCCUAAAAUAUAGUAUCUGCAAUUAUUAUUUCCAACGACUUUGCAUACUUCUUCCUACUCAAGUAGCCCUCAAGUUUGCAUAUUAACAACCUAUUUAGCUUUUCACAGCUGUAAGAACUGUGGAAGUGCUGCAAUGAUCUCAAAUGUUCAAGGCUAUUCUGUUUAAGAUGUCAUUGUCUGCAAUACUUCAUAGUAGGGUGAUAAAUUGUGACCAGUCUUAUUAAAAUCCGGAAGUGACAGCAUUAGGGAAGAAACAUGUUUAAAGCAGAGGAUGGUCUUUACUGGUGACACUAUAUUAAAUCACUAAAAUGUA